AUGACUGAAACAAUCAUCCCUGCCGAUCCUAUCGCAACAGCUUCUCCUAUUGAUCAAGUCGUAUUACCACCAGCUCUCUACACCGGCGACCACAUUGGUGACCUAGCGAACCUUGGUCUCGUUCACUGGACUCCCGUAGGAGCAAUUGAGGCAUUAUUAGAACAACUCCACGUUAACCUCGGACUUCCAUGGUGGGCUGCUAUCGUUACCCUUUCCAUCCUAGGACGAGCCAUCAUAGCUCCCGUCCUCAUUCGUUCACAAGUGAACAACGUUCGUCUCGCCAAAAUCAAACCUGAAUUAGAGAUCAUCAUGAAGAAGCUUCAAGACGCAAAAGUUAAGGACGAUAAACUUGCGAUGCAUAAACAUUCUUUAGCGGCCAGGCAAUUGUUUGCUGAAAAUGAUUGCAGUCCGUUUAGAAGUUUGGCUGCUCCGUUCGUACAGUUACCCAUUGCACUUUCUUGCUUUCUGGCUAUAAGAACGAUGGGCGAACUUCCUCUUGAGAGUUUCAAGACUGGAGGUGCACUCUGGUUUACGAAUUUAACGGUACCGGACCCGUUUUAUAUUUUACCUCUUGUCAGCACCGUUUCCAUAUAUGGAAUGAUGGAUGUUAAUGCUCAGGAUAGCGCCCAGACGGAGACGACUGGUCAUAUCACGAACUUGUUCAAGGCGUUGACCAUCCUCUCAUCCGGAAUCAUGGUGUUCUUCCCUUCGAGUAUUCUACUCUUCAUCGUCACCAAUGGUGCCCUCAUCGUCGGUCAAUUCUUCAUUUUUCGAAUCCCAUCAGUGAGAACUCGUUACGGUCUUCCUCCCGUCGGCCGCCGUGGCCUGAUGGACCGCAAACCAACUCCAUCCUUCAUGGAUAGCAUUCAUUUCAUGAGGCGGAGAUUUAGAGAGGAAUUAGCGAAGCGAGAAUUGGAGUACCAACGGCAGGUACAGUUGAAAUCUCAACUGAGUGCUCAAAGCUUGAAUUCGGCUCAGCCACGAGCUAAAAAGGUUGAUCCUGUUCGGAAGUAG